UCUGCAUUCGCUUGAUUUAUCAGACGAGUAAGGUGCUGCUUCAUCGACCGGUUAAAACGAUUGAUAAGUUAGCAGUUGAAUGACUCUAAUUCGAACUUCUUCGUCUGUCUAUUUCAAUAAUAUUCAGGGUACAACAUUUAGGAAGAUUUUCAUGGUCUAUAAUCGUCUAAUACCGAGAGUGGAAAUCUAUGUUGGACAUCGAUAUCCGCUAAGAUAAUUCAUAUCAAGCUGGUGUGGUUGUGAUUACCACCAGUGAAAACUGAGUUAGAGACUAUUUAAUAGUUCACAGAUCUUCUCCACAUUGACUUGAUCCACCUGUUAGAAGAGUCUACUUCAGAAACCGACCACUCGUUUUUGUUUGGUAGGUUCUUCUCGUCCUCGUGGGGGCGUUGACGAAAUUAUUGAGAUCGUCACCUUAAAUCGUCCCGGAUUCCAAGUCCAUCAAGAAAGUCGACACCAUGUUGAGCGCUCUCUUUGGUGGCGGCUCAAAGAGCAAGGCAUCCGCACCAUCAUCACCAAAGGCAAAGGCGAACGGCGUCGCAAAUGGUGUAGAGUCACUGAAGGUCACAAAGUUAAGGCACUACCUAGGACGAUAAGUGAUGUUUGGCUUUGCAGCUUAGAUAGCUUUCAAAAUUGAUACAGUGUACGUAGAAAAAAGUAUCAACUUCAACUCCGUCAUGUACAUCUUUUUAUGCCCAAGUUGGAGCUUAUGAUUGAAGAAGUUUGUGUAUCUAAAUUUGGUAGAAAAUCUCGACAUUUCAAGCGUACUACCUCUGCUCCUGAGGUUCCGCCUUGUUGAUUGAAUGAGCUCUAAGUCAAGAAGCCGACCCAGUUGUAGAAGAGGCGAAGAAAACUCCGAAGAAUACUGAAGCUCCCGCCAAAAAGGAUCGACGACCCCUCGACACAAGCGUAUUACUGACUACUAUUUUUUUACGUGGUGAUGCAUUAUGUUCUUGGACAGUCCACCUAUCCAGAGGAAGUAAGUAGCACAUUUCAAAUAGAAUCCCGAUCCAUUGUGGUACAACUCUCCGACUUCUCCGCGUCCUCCGCCUUCUACUACUUGAAAUUAUAACUACAGUCUUCUCUUUGUUCUUUGUCACUUCUCCCAGGGCCCGCGCAAAGUCGAAGAAUGGGAGAAACCGUAUCUCGAAAAGUUAAUCGGAACUCUGCUGCCUCCACGCGUCCCAUCCCUCGCAAAAGUUGGCCAACUUGGAUUUGAAGCAGAGUAAUUUUACAGUGUCGACGUGGUUCGUUGUAGUUUUUGGUGCUGUUCUGGACCCAUCAUGUAUCUACUUCUCGAAGAGGAAGAAUUUGACUUCAAUUUUUUCGAUCCCAUUACCAUCUAGUGACGUCGUAACAUUACCAUCUAGCGACGUCGUAACCUUAGAUCAGAACACCAUCUAGUGACGUCGUAACAUCAGAUCCUGUCACCCUUCCUCACACCAGUACUUUUGCCUUCGCCAAGGGUGGCAAGGUGACGGAGUUUGUGCUUCUCAAAAGUGGUGAAGAACUUGAGAAACUGGAGGACGCUUCUCUUGAUGGCUUUGUCUUUGAUGCCUCGACUUUCGAUGCGGCGCAGACCCUCACUACAUUGAAAACGAAGGUACUUAAGUCGAUCCCUGUUGUUAAAGCAACUAGAAAAAUUGUACAGCUCUUGUUAGCCGUUUAACUCCUUAGUAACUAUAAAGUAUACGUCGAAGAACUCCUAACUGUAACUGCAACUUUGUGGUGAUGUUGCAAUUGUUGUUUGAACAAUUUUGUCACGACCGAUCACUCCUCCAUGCUGUAUUUUGAAAUCCUCUUCCAAACCCAAACCCAAUGCCAAUCACAUAAGUACACGCACACGACAAUCAACACAACUUGAACAGUUGAAGCCCGGAUGUUCCGUUACUUUCUGCAACCUUCGGCGGCAUGGGGAAUUGAAGCGAGAAGUAACCAAGUGGGAUAUCCUUUGGAAGAAACGUGAGGUGCCAGCUUUGCAAAAAGUCUUGGGCUACAUUGUCAGGUCACACAAUAUUGCGAGGGUGGACCCUCCGGAAACGUGCAAGUAUUACGAUGAGAAAGAAGCCCUGAUCCCAAGACUGGAGAAGAUUCGUCUGCAGCAAGCGUCCUUUACAACUAUUUCCAAACUCAAUCCAGGAAUGGACGGAAAAACAGUGAAUUUGGUACGCUUGAAAAUAUUUUAUUUUGCAGUGUCUUUGUCUCGUGCUUUUGGUUAUUGUUCUGUUCUUCGAAGCAGCGAUAGGUACUACGGGUAGGGUGACUAUUAAAUCAACUUUUUUUCUGCUCAUUCUAUACUUUAGCUCGUAGUCCUACGUCGUGAUGGGAAUUCUUAUCCUUAAGUUACUUGCUUUUUCCCUACCUGAACCUCGUAUCAAUCAAUUACAACUUGCUCCGUUCAACUCCUAACAGAAAGUGAAAGUCGUAUCUGUGUCGGAAAAAGAGGCAAUUAUUGGUGACGCCAGUGCCUGUUGUGUUUACGAAAUUCCCACGACCAAUGCGGACUGCGUAAAAGCAGGAGAGUCUCUGGAGUUGCGAAACGCGACGGUAGCCCUUCUAAGCAGAUGAUUUGAUUUCGUCGAUCAAAUUUCGCUUGGAUAAAUAAGAUCUAAGUCAUCUUGGAGUUCCCCAGCAAAAGAUGAAGUGCCAAGAACUUGCCACUACUGCAUCUCUGUGUGAUGUAGAAAGAUCCUCAUAUCAAAUUAUGCGACAUCCUCGUACUCCAUCAGGUUCGCAUGACCCGGGAAGGAUUUCUGCAUUUGAUAACGAACCAAUGGGGCAAGGUUUCUACCUCUGAAACUGCAUCCGAGGAAGAAGUAAAGGAAGACAACAACAUUUCGAAAGACAAGUACGUUUUCAAAGCCGAGACGCAGAAAAAGAAAGGAAGUGGUAAGACUGUUUGCCUUCUUAACAAGCUUACGCUGAUUUCAAGAGUAGACGAAAGUGGCACUGUUUGCGUGCCUAUGAAACUCUGGCAACUCGAUGGCGAGGGUGAACAACAUGAAAAGCAUUGCGAAGCAGGGCAGAAGAGGCGGGGGCUUUGCGGUUUAGUCUGUGCUUGGUAGCCGGGAAACGAAAGAGCGAGCCAACCGCCUCCCGAGCCUCUCUCCUCUCAGCGCCCCAACUGCCUUGGCGGAGUCCAGUCGCUGCGAGGUCUGGAGCUUGUCUGCUCUAGUGCCUGGACGCUGGGGGUUGCGUCUGAGUGGCGGCCAGCGAGUGGCUCUACGCGGACUACAGAACAGCUAGCAUCGCCACUAGGAUAAUGCCCGGCGGCAUUCCCGCAACUACAGGCAAGGAAAGGGGGGCGGCCGUUCGGUUACGCCGGCGGCUUCGGCUGGUUUCACCUACAAGGAACGACGUCAGGGGCGCGAACUUAGCAAAGUCGUGGAUAUUGGCAAAAGCAACGAGACCGCUACGGACGCGCCCACCUGGCUGCCGCCGUUUGAAGGUGGCUAGCAUUUAUUUUGAGCAACUGGCGAACCCCUGCAAGCAAAAGGAAAAGCAACAGGGCUGACUGGAGACGUGAGAGCGCGGGCAUGCGAUGGAUACGCGACCGCCCCGCAGAACAGCGGGGGGCGUGCGUAGUCUCGCCGCCGUCGCCUGGCUUGGUGCUGGCUAUCCGCCACGGCCCGACGAUGCUCGGCAAUAUGUAGCCACGGCGAACCUUUGCGGCAAUCCGUCAGCCUUUGGGUGGUGUCCAGCGCGCCCGGCUUGCCUGGCACUGCAUUCAUUUGGUGGCUGCGCUGAAGAUUGACUAGCUGGCGAACUUCUGCGAGCAGCUACCUGGAGCGUGCAAGAGCUCGCACGUGUUGCGUAAGGUUGUCGCAACAGAUUGGGGGUCGCUGGUAAGAAGUGGGCCAACUGGAGGGACCCUGCAAGCAGCAAGACCGUCGCAGACUUGGGCGCCCGCCGCGUGGGCACGGCGUCCAUGCUUGCAACGCGGUCACGAAGCAAGCGGGGGCGGGUCUGCGUCCACGAGUGUCGCCAGGCGCAAAGAUCUGCCCGCCAGCGUGAUCGGUGAGCGACCGACGCGGAGAAAUAUGGCUCCGACGUUGUGCGCCAUCCAGUGCCAGCGGGUGGGGAUGGUGAGCCUGGGCCUGUCAUGGUCACGCGCGUGCCGGUUCAGAUUCGUAGGCUGCUGGCUACCCGGAAAAAGUCAACCAAGCGCCCAAGACAGCAGGGGUGACGAAAAGUAAGAAGAACAAGAAACGGCGCCCGUCUAAAAAGGCGAAAGCUUUGAAGGGAGGCCGGCGCGUGAAUGUGGAGAAAAGUGAGGCGAAAACUUUGGAGGUGAACGAGGGAGAGCCUGAAGGGGAAGGAUGGCGAUAGCGUGAAGGAAGCGGCUGACUUGGAGGAGAAAGCUGCUGACUUGGAAGAGAGGCGGCGCGGCGGAAGGUGUCCAGGAGGUGGCUGCGAAGUGGGACAAGGUGGCGCCUUGAAAGAUCCACGCGGACGGGAAGUCCGGCAAGGUUUAAGGUGCUCGGCGUCUUUCUGUCUUCCUCUGCACGUCGAUGCCUGUUAGCAGGAGGCGGCUUUCGGUCUUCGAUGUAGUUCGGGAACCAUUUGCCGCACAUACACAGAGGCGAAGCCCCAACGCUGGGCGGCUGGCUGCGCCACGGAGUCAGUGGGCCUAGUAAUGCACGGGGAGGAGCUACGCAAGUAGGCGCCGCGCGCGCUCAUCGAGACAACACGCGACGACAAUAGUGGGGGCCUUGGCGUGCUGCAUGAUCGGAACGCGUGGCAACUGCCCGCGGGUGAAGCAAGGACGCGCGUGGGCGCGCCUAGCUCGUGGCGUGGCUGGGUGGAGCGAGCACGCAGGGGCUGCGCCGGCGUCUGUGGUAAGGUCGUGAGGCUAGCGCCUGGGCUGUGCAGCUAUGUCUCUCCUUUGGGGGGAUGGUGCCUCUCUAUAAAUAUGUGGCCGCGGGAGGCAUGACUGAGCCAAAGCGCGCCCGCGAGACAAAGAGCGGACACAUUCACAGGCAGGAAGAUGGGCGGGCUUGGCUCGUGUUGCGUUCUAGGCGAGUGCGUUUGCAUGCUCUAGAGUGGGAGGGCUAAGCGGUGAGAGAUUCAAGGCUCCAAGGCCAAGAAAUACGCUGCACCUUGCAAAAGCUAAAAAGUUCGCGGGGGGAAGGGGCUGGCUUGGUGUAUCCUUGCCAGUUUGUUUUUUGAGGCGCGCCUUGCCUUGCGUGCGGGUGUGCUUCGUUGUGCGCGUGCGGGAGCGUGGAGAAAGGGGAAGACAGUGAAGCGCAUGCGAGGGAGAGCGAGUGUGAGACUCUGGGUUUGUCUCUCUGGUUUGUGCUGCUCUCUCGCUCGUGUGUGUGUAUCUGCGCGGCAUAGAAAUGAGAUGGGGGGGCGGGACCUGGCUGGUCGCGCCUUGGGUUGGUGUCGCCUCUUGAGGAGUCUCCCAGCCAGCCUUGGCGCUGCUUUGGCGUCGUGUGCCUCUUUCCUUUGCUUGGCGUCGCAGCUUGUCUGCGCUUGCUUGCUUUUAUUCUAGAAGAUUCAUGCGGAGCUCGGGUGCUUUGUUUGGUCUGGCGCCGCAUGAUUGGUCUGCCACUUGGCUGCUGGAAGAUGGAUAAUUAUUUUGAAGAAUCAACGGCAGGAAGGACGCAGGUGGGGGAGGCAGUUCUACUUCUUAACUACAGGACGGCCUUACCAUGUAUACGAAACUAGAACUUUUCUGGUUUUCAGAACCUUUGUCUCCACCUCGUAAACAAGGAAGAGGAGGAGGACGCGAGCGUAGCUGCUUGCCAGCGUUCAUCAUUAUCAUAGAGAUGGACACGCGUCCAAAAUGAAAAGGUUUAUCAUCGCUCUUCUCUUCCAGGUAAAAAGGGAAAGAAGGGCGAGAACAAGAAAGAGGAUGCAAAAACCGAAGAUGCCGAGGCAGCCGAAGGCACUUCUAAGCGCAGGCGCAGCCGUAAGGGCAGAGGUAAGAAAGGCAAAGAAGCUGGAGAAAAAGAAGAAGAAAAAGAGAACACUGAAAAAACCGAAGAAAGCAAGAAGGGGAAAGGAAGAAAGGCCAAGAAUUAAGGCUCUCGAUUCAAAUUCAAUGAUUGAGCAUAUAAAUACGUGUUAGACAACCCAUUCAUUCAACCAUCUAGAUACCAUCUGCAAUCGCCCUCGGAGGAGGCACAACUGCUUAGAAAAGAUGUUGUAACUACUACCUUUAUCUAAGAUUUUUAUUUUAUCUUUAUCAAGAACAUUAUGAUAUUUCUAUAGAAGUGUUGAGAUGAUGAAGCAGAAUUUCUGACGAGCAGAUGAAGUGCACGCCUCAAGCUCAUCUAAGACUAAGCGGCUGCUGAAAAAGACGGAGUAGAGAAGAAUUCCUCGACAUCCUCUACCAAGGCUGGCGAUUCUUCAGCCCCGGAAAAGGAGUCUCGACGCGCACGGAAGGCCCGCGGAAAAGCCGAGAAUGCGGAAAAAAAGGCCGCCGCAGAAAGCGCCGAGAAGGAGCCGGAAGAGAAGAGGCCGAGCCGUCGAGAGAGAGAGAAAAAAAAAGACAAGGCCAAAAAGGAAGCUGCAGCUGAAAAUUAAGACCUCACUUCAUCCUAAUCCCUCUCUUAGAUCAUCUGUAACUAAGCGUAAGCUUAGUUCAUCUGUAACUGUAACUAAGCGUACUAACAAGCUGUUUUCAAAUAGGAAAAUGGCCACAGAAGGUGGGAGUUGUAAAGAUGGAAUGUAGUAAGCUCUAAGAAAAAGAAGAGAAGACAGGCAAAGGAAAGUCGAAGGCGGAUAAGGAGAAGCCAGUAGAAAAGGAAGAAAAGAGCAAGAAGGGCAAAAAAGGAAAAGGCAAGAGCGACAAACCAGCAGAAAAAGAAAGGGGUCGAUCGUCUAGCAAAGCAGAAAAAGACAAAGGAAAAGGAAAGAAAGGUAUAAACUUUUCGUGGUGGUUCAUCUUCUCCAUUUUAUGAAUGAUAUUUUCAUAAGAAGUCCUUGAAAUACUACGACAGCAACUAGUACUAAAAAGGGCAUUGCCGUAACUUAUCUGUUGAUUGAUUGCUGUAGUUAUUUUUUCCAAAUUGCAAAUCCCUACAUGAUCUCCAACUACGACUUCUAGGUAAGAAGAGUCGCGAUGACAGUUCGCCUCCACGCGGACGUACCAAAGACGGAAAGAAGGGUACUAAAGGAAAGAAGGGUAAAGGGCGCCGGGAUAGCGACUCCUCGUCAAUCGGGAAAGGCGGAAAGAAAGGAAAAUCCGCGAAGAAGGGAGACGGUAAGAAAGGCAAAAAAGGAGCCCGAUUCUCGUCAGAAGACGACAAGGGCAAAGGCAAGGGCAAGAAGGGAAAGCGAAGAGACAGCAGCAGGUACUACAACAAUCACUUCGACGACAAGUAGUAUAUUUGGGAACUUUCUGGUUACCACCUGCUUUUAGGUGGCUGGAGUGUAAAACAUUGGAGCAGUUGUAGUUACUGCUGCAGCUACCUAGGUUACUGCUGCAGCUACCUAGAGUGAUCCGUCCACGUAAGCAGAUAUCGUGUUGUCUUGUUCUACGAAGUAGAUUCUUGUAAUUGCGAGACUGAAGACGUAGAAUUUGGAUUUGAAUCAUUUGGAAUUUGGAAUUUGGAAUGCUGAUCCUGAAGCUGAACCUCGUCCCCCACAAUCAUAACCAGAUUAAGCGAGUCGAGCGUGGAGUCGUACUAUCAUGGUCGAAAAGGGAAGAAGGGUAAAGGCAAGAAGGGUAAAGCCUUUGACGAUAGCGACAGCGAUGACUCGCUAUAUGGAAAGAAGGGCAAGUCCAAAUCCAAAGGCAAGAAAGGCAAAAAAAUGGGCUACCAUUCGGAUAGCGACAGCGAUGACGAGUAUGGAAAAGGUAAGGGCAAGAAGGGCUAUGCCAGCAAAGACUCCGACUACGGUAAAGGCGGAGAAAAAUUAUGGCUACGGGAGUAGUUCGUGUUUAAAUUUGGACAAAUGAUUUGGAUUUGCAUGUAAGCAGACUGACGAUGAUCAUGAUAACAAGCAUAAGAGCUUUUUAGAUUUAAACUUCGAUGUAAAUGAUGUGCUGGUGGUGCUGCUAUUUGAAUUUCCUGUAAAGCAAUUGCUAUUUUCUAAAGCAUGGGUCUAGCAGCUCUCCUGGCUAUCUAAGCUAUGGCGGCGGCAAGUCUUCGGGUGGUAGGUAUGGAGGAAAGGGUGGCUACGAGAGCUCUGACGAUGAAGGUUACGGUGGCAGAAAGGGUGGAGGAUAUGGUGGCGGCAAAAGCAGCGUACUCGAUGGCAAAAAAGGCCCUUCAGGCAAGCCAAAAGGCGCAUCCAUAGACAGCUACUCAAGCGGGAAGAAGGGUAGUGGAAAAAAGGGUAGCUACGGAUACUAUUAAACGACGAAGCGUUCAUUUCGAAGUUAAGAGUUGUAGGACUUAGUGUCGUUAGACGUUAGAGUAGUUAGGAGAGAGUAUGUCUGACGAAGAGUAUGGGAAUGAGUAGUCAGUCAUUAUGUUUGACUUCUACGACAAAGUCAACAAGGUCGUGUAUCAGUACCUACGGUGUCCUCUACUUCGAAACUGAAAAUUUCUCUUCUUCUGUAUCCGAGGGGUACUAGGAAUGAAACACGAAAAAAUAGACCACAGCGAUACGCAUUUAAGAAGUCGCAACAGACCACGAACAUGCUGGAGAUUGGCCCACAAUUUUCAGCAGGCGCAUCUGCUUAUUAAGUCUUCAUCUAAACUGACCCAUCUACCUAACUAGACGGGCACCAGGAGGACCAUUUUCAUCGUUUCCAUGGUAGGUCUCACGAGGAUGGUAACUAGCGUUGCCACCUUCAAAAGAGGGCCAUACAUAAAAUACAACACCAUGUAUGAUUAUACGGAAACAGAAGCAGAAGCGCAUAAUGUGCUGCUCAUUCACAUAGAUACAUGAUAACAUGUUGAAACGUCACAGACACCCCCGGUUAUAUUCACCUCCUCCCCUGGGUAAUAUUUUUAACGACACCUACGAAUAGGAUUACAUUUACUAGUAAAACACAUGUUGAAAUCACAUUUUAGCAUGUAAAAAUUUGAUCGGGUAUUGAAAUAAUAAACAAAUAGAGAGAAGUAUAGAGAGACAGUCGUGGCCAUAUUUUCUAGGAAACAAAUUUAAUACAAGUCAGAUGAAUGAUCUGACCACCCUUUGUCAAGGAAGAGCAUCAUUUACAACCUCUACAACAGCAGUUUUCUUCGGACGAGUUAGCAUCGACGGAGAUAGAGUUACUUUCUUAGACGUUUUGGUUUUUAGAAACGCGUCGAAGGCAACAAGUUCACGUGGAUCAAGCCAAGCUGAUGUCCUCGUGUCGCAACAUACAGGAAGAGGAGUCACGCGUGUAUGAUUCUGUUCCUGGUGGGACUCGAUUUUUGUUCCUCAUCGAGCUUCACCAUUCAUAGCUUGCGAUAUUGAAAGAUAUCAACAAGUGGCGAUGUAAGAUUGAUUGAUUGAUUGAAGUAGAUGUAGAUGUAGAUGAUGUCAAGAUCGAAGCCGAAUCUCUAUAACUAGGGAAUUCUCACAAGGAGGCCGCACAGGAGAUGAAAGGCAUCAAAGAUAAGAAAAGAUAUCCUCUUCAUUCCUCAACUAACUCGUAAUUGUAUGGUAUAAGAAAUACAGUGUCUGCGUUACGCUGUCAGUGUGGUGGUUGUGUAUGAUCAGGUCUCUCGUCUCAAAUCUGUU